UAUACAGUUAUGCCAAAAUCAUGCCAUUCAAAAAAAUUAUGUCAUUUUAUGCAUAUUGCAUCCUACAGUUGUUUGACAGAUUACGAAGCGAACAACCUCAUUGUUUCGAAAAACUGAUUCCAUUGAAGGGUGAUAUCGAAGUCGAGGAAUUGGGUUUGUCAUCUGCUGACAGAAACAUGUUGAUUGAAAAAGUAUCUAUAAUAUUUCACGUAGCGGCGAACGUAAGAUUCGACAAUACAUUGAAGAAAACUGUGCUCCUAAACAUUCGGUCGACAAGAGACAUCUGCGUUUUGGGCAAAAGUUUAAAAAAUUUGGUGGUUUUGGUGCAUGUCAGCUCGACUUAUACACAAGUUGAUAAACCCGUCGUCGACGAAAUUGUAUAUCCAAUGGAAAUCGAUUGGAGAAAAACGAUUCAAAUUGCCGAAACCGUGAAUGAUUAUGUCUUGGAGGUAUUUAAGUCAAAAUACUUAGGGACAAUGCCGAAUUCAUACGUAUUUACCAAAAGACUUGCAGAGCAAGUGAUAACUGAUUACUCCAAAUCAUUGCCAUGCGUAAUUUGCAGACCAUCUAUAAUUUCGCCAACGUUAAACGAACCUAUAAAGGGCUGGUUGGACAGCUUUGGCGGUCCAGUGGGGUUGAUUGUCGGUUGUGGAAAAGGGAUAAUACGAGUGUUUUACAAUAAUCCGUCUAUUUGUGACAACUUUAUACCAGCUGACAUCACUGUUAAAGCUAUGAUCGUUGCGGGAUGGAAACGUGGCGUGAUAAACAAGAACAACGACACGCAAAAUAUUCAUCCAUUCGUUUAUAACUGCACGUCCAAUCAUAGCAUGAUUCAAUCACGUUUAAAUACGAUACAAAUAGGCAACAAAACCGUCGCGGAGUAUCCUUUAGAAGAUAUAAUCUGGACUCCUGGAUUAAUUAUGACACAGAGUUAUUUUUGUUAUUAUAUAUUAGUGUUACUGUUGCACAUAAUACCGGCCGUAUUUAUAGAUGGAUUAUUACAAAUUGCAGGCAAAAAUCCCAGAUUACUGAAACAGCAAAGGAAAAUAUUCGUAAAUAUCAAUAACAUGACGCACUUUCUAUUUAACGAAUGGAAUUUUCGAAAUCAAAAACUAUUAAGUUUGUCAAAUGAAGUGCCGCCCGAUAAUCAACGAGAUUUUGGAUUUGCGGUAGAUUUAAAUUACAAUUACAACAAUCUAUUCUUAUAUUAUAGAAAUUGUACAAUUGGAAGUAAAAUGUUUCUUCUAAACGAGAGUAUGGAUCGACUGGAUGCAGCAAGAUUCCAUUAUAAAAGAAUGCUUUGGAUCGACAGAAUUGUAAAAAUAUUGAUCGGAAUUCUCUUCAUACGGAUAAUGUAUGGAAUCUAUAUUGAUGUAUGAACGAGUAUUGAUUGUCCUACAAGAGACAAUUUGCUUUAAUAUAUGAUACUGUGGUUGUAUCAAAAUAUAAUUUAAAUCAUUACCAGAUUUAGAAAACUGUAUAAAAAUUGAUUUACUCAAUAUUUAAUUUACAUGUACGUUUAUAUUAGACUAACUUUGCCUUGUAACUAUUAAAGAAAUAAAAUCAAAUAUAUUUUUUACGUGAUGAGAAAAUAAGUUUAUUAGAUACAAUGCUAUUACAUUCUGCAGAAAAAAAAAACAGAAAUACGAUAUAUGUACAUGAGCGCAUAAAUAUGGAAAAAAUUGAACUCCAGACCUAUGUUAUUAUCAUUCUACGUCUUAUAUACAACGUCUAAACUACAUUUUAUGUAGAAAAAUUAUCAAAUAUAAAAUACCGUUAGGGAAAAUAUAAGAAAAACUGCAAUUAAGAAAAAGAGAAUGCCAAAGGAAGACGUAAAAAAAACUUUGGAACCCCAAAAACCAUUGAUAUUAAUCGAUUUAACAUAUAAACG